UGUAAAUUUAAUUCUAUAUAAGGGCAUUCUCAAUGCUCGAACAGACAGACAGAUUUGAGUGGUGCUUAAUGCCAUAAGGUACUUGAAUGACAUUAAAUACAUUCAAACUAUUUAAAUAUUCAAAUCGCAAAUACAAAGCAUUCUCAUACUCUGGAUUAAAUAAGAAAAUAAGUUCGCGAGAAAAAAAUUGCAAUUGAACAAUGUAUCGCAGAGGAUCAGAUUGGUGUAUUCCCGUUCGGCUGGCUGUUGGUGUGAUGGUAUUUUUCAUUUGUUUUUUUGCAUAUGUGUUGCGUUCAAAUAUUGCCAUUUCACUACUGGCAAUGGUGGAUAAAAACAACAGUGAUCCUGAUUAUGGACCACGUUAUAAAUGGACUGAUGACGAGGUUAGUUGGGUGCAAGGAGCUUUUUUCUUCGGUUCAUGUAUAUCGACAUUUCCGGCUGGAUUUCUAACCGAGUUGUAUGGCGGCUCAUUGACUACAACGAUAGCAUUGAUCAUAAGUGUUGUAUUGACAGCAUUAACACCAGCAAUGUCUAAAAUAUCGGUUUGGGCACUUUAUGUAAACCGUGUUUUAGUUGGCGUUGCCGGCGGUGUAUUCUUUCCAGCUUUGCACAAUGUUGUAUCGAAGUGGGCGCCACCAGAUGAAAAAGGAAAAUUUGUUGCAGCAUUACUUGGUGGCAAUGUUGGCACCGUCUUCACAUUUCAAUUCAGUGGUUCUGUAACAGAAUCCUAUGGAUGGGAAAUGACCUUUUAUGUUGAGGCGAUUUUAAUUCUAAUUACUGCAAUCCUUUGGAUGCUUCUGGUGUCAAAUACUCCGCAUACACACCGUUUUAUAAGCGAGAAAGAGGUUAAAUAUAUUGAAACAUCACUUGGAUCUACUGUUUCCAAAGAGAAGCAAAUACCGCCUUAUGGAAAAAUGUUUUCGUCAAUAUCCUUCAUAUCACUUAUAGUAUUACACUAUGGUAAUCUAUGGGGUUUAUUUUUUGUAUUGACAAUUGCACCGGAAUUCAUGAAUUCUUCACUUGGUUUCAACAUGAAAGAGUCGGGCAUUUACUCAAGCUUACCGCAUUUGGCACGAUUCCUAGCCGGCUUUCUUUUCGGUCAAAUUGGUGAUUACUUGCGACGGCGAAACACAAAUUCAACUUUUCUCCGAAAAUUUUUCUGUAUCUUCUCUCACAUUCUUCCCGGACUUUUGCUAUUGGCAAUUCCAUAUAUCGAAAACACCGGUCUCAUUAUAUCCCUUCUAACACUUUCAUUAGGAUUUAAUGGUUCAGCGACAUUGACCAACUUACAAAAUUCACAAGAUCUUGCACCAAAUUUUGCUGGUACAUUAUAUUCGAUUAUGAACUUUAUUGGAUUUUCUUCUGGAUUCAUUGGACCACUUUUGAAGAAUCUAUUUGUACAGUAUGGACCCAUUUACAAUUUUAAUCCAUGGUCAGCGAUGUUUAUGGUCGGCGGUGUUGGCUACAUAGUACCUGCUGUGUUGUUCUGGUUUUUGGGCACGGCUGAGGUGCAAGAAUGGAACGAAAUUAAUAAACCACGUAGUGCGGAAGAAUCACAAAAUUAUAAAAUUUAAAACGCAACGGUGAUUUAGAAAUGAAUCGGUGAAAACAAAAAUGAUUCAUGUCUCUGUUUUAAUUUAUUGAAUUUAUCAUCUGUAUAUAAAAUGUAGUGUAUCAGAUGUGGUUUACAUGUAGUGGCCAAUUAUUAUUUAUUUAAUGCAGUUUGUUAAAAAUAUUUGUAAAAUAACAUUAUUUUAUAUAAAAUAGAAAAUUAAAAAUGAUACUCGUAUCACACGAUUUGGGCAA